AUGGUCAAAUAUGUAGGAGUUUCUAUAAGCUUUGGAUCUAUCAUUUUACUUCUUAUUUUAUGGCGGGUGUUCAAGGUUACAAAAAAAACCAUAGUGAAGAAAUACAGAGAAAAUUUCUUCAAAAGAAAUGGAGGGUUAUUAUUACAACAAAAAUUGUCUUCUGGUGAAGUUAAUGUGGAUAAAGUUAAAUUAUUCAGUUUACAAGAAUUGGAAAAGGCCACUGAUAACUUUAAUACAAAUAGAGUACUUGGAAAAGGAGGUCAAGCUACUGUUUACAAAGGCAUGUUGAUAGAUGGAACAAUUAUUGCAGUGAAAAAAUUUAAGGUCCAAGGAAAAAUUGAAGAAUUUAUCAAUGAAUUCGUCAUUCUUUCACAAAUUAACCAUAGGAACGUGGUUAAGUUGUUAGGAAGUUGUUUUGAGACUAAAAUUCCUUUGCUUGUCUAUGAAUUCAUUCCUAAUGGUAAUCUUUUCGAGUACUUACAUCAACAAAAUGAGGAUAUGCCAUUGACAUGGGACAUGCGUUUGAGAAUUGCCAUUGAAGUUGCAGGAGCUUUAUUUUACUUGCACUCUGCCGCUUCUCAACCUGUUUAUCAUAAAGACAUCAAGUCAACAAAUAUAUUGUUGGAUGAAAAGUAUAGGGCAAAAGUAGCAGACUUUGGUACAUCAAGAAUGAUUUCCAUUGAUGUUACUCACCUUACUACAGUAGUUCAAGGAACAUUUGGAUACUUUGACCCUGAAUUUUUUCAAACUAGUCAAUUCACAGAAAAAAGUGAUGUUUAUAGUUUUGGAGUAGUUCUUGUUGAACUUUUAACAGGACAAAAGCCAAUAACCCUUCUAAGUCAAGAGGAAGCCAAAAGUUUAGCUUCAUAUUUCAUCAUGUGUGUGGAGGAAAAUUGUGUUUUUGAUAUUAUUGAUGAAAGAGUGAUGAAGGAAGCGGAGAAAUGCCAUAUUAUGAAAGUUGUCAAUCUUGCAAGUCAAUGUUUAGAGUUGAACGGAAAGAGGCGACCAACUAUGAGGGAAAUCACAUUGGAAUUAGAAGGUAUUCGAAAGUUGGAAAAAGAUUCUAAUGCACAAGAAGGACAUGGAGACUUUGUUAGAGGUGAAGACUAUCAAUCUUUGGAUGAUAACUCUAUUCUCUCAGAAAUAAUGUCAACAUGUUGA